AUGUCAUCUCACUCGACUACCCCCGAGCCGUCCAGCGCUGGCGCAGACAGCAAACUCCUUGCACCGGUGCUCGUUGACGCCGCGGUCGUCGACAACUUGAAUGAAGGCGCGCCAGAGGCGAAGCAGAACUUGGCGCUGGUCUUAUAUAACCCUCAGUUCCCCGCCGUGCGCGAGGAAGAACGAACGUUGGCCGUGGAUAGCGAGUCUGUUCUUACCGACAGCAGUCUUAGAGACAGCGAGUCUAUCAUCGCCGGCGGUAGCGGCAGUGGCAACCUGGCGCCCACAGUGACUAGAACUGAUCUGCAGUCUGACCGACGCCGACCUCGCGCAAGCUAG